AUGGCGUUGUCAGCUGCUGUGGUUAUGUCCGGCUUGCCUCGUGAACAAUUUACAGAAGAUAUACAAUGUGUUUUUAAUUAUGGAGAAAUUUUACUAAAAAGUCCUAGUCCUUCGUCAUUAUCUACUUCAUCCUUUCAGUCAUCAGAAAGUGGUAUUUCAUCUAUGUCCUCAGAGUCAUUACUUCAAAGCUUGGACCGUUACUUGGAUAUUAUUUCUAAUCUGGAAUACAAAUUUCAGGUCUUUCAGGAUAUUAAAAAACUACCUACUUUCAAGACAGAAAACAAAUGCAUAAAAGUUAUUUAUCAAAAUAGAAAUAUUUUAGAUUUGGAUCAGAAUUUAAAAUCUAAUUGGUUAUUUCAGCAUGCAAUACUACAACGUGGAAUUGCAAAUUUUUUUGAAAAUAGGUCACAAUAUUCCAGGGUAAAUGGAGCCACUAUACCUCGACACUUCAUGAUUCGAUGCAAAGAAAACGACUGUGGUUUCAAUGAACCGAAGUAUUAUUAA